AUGGAACCACGCGAGAACGUCGACCCUGAUCAGAGCUGGCCUAGAGAUGUCAAGGCUCCUGACCGAUCCAACUUCCAUCAGGAUACAUACUCGCAGAGCCAAUUCGAUGUUAUCAAAGUACUUUCUUGCCUUGCACGGAGGCCGAACCCUCGAAUAGACCUAGGACCCAUUGACUGCAGUGCUGCCAUGAUAGUCUGCGACAUGUAUUUGGAAGACAACCCCAUCGUCUACUGCUCGGAGGCGUUUUGCGAUCUCACCGGCUACAACUACUCCGAUGUCCUGGGCCGAAAUUGUAGAUUCUUGCAGGUACCCGGCACUUCAGAUGAUACGACGUCCCGUGGAAGAACCCCGGGCUUGGACAAAAUCAGCAUGCCCGGAGCACCAUCACAAACCGUCGAUCUUCAGCAUGAGCUCCAUCGGUUAAAGCACUCCUUGUCGCAUAAGGAGGAGGUUCAAGCCAUGUUGCUCAACUACCACAAGUCCGGGAGGGCAUUCCUGAAUUUGGUCACCGUUGUACCUGUGGAAACACCUGGUGAUGAUCAUCAAUACCUCGUUGGCUUUCAAGCCGCUUCGAGGCAAGUUGAAUGA